AUUGUUGUCAAUGACAGGCUCUGGCUGAAUCUGGAUUUAAAGUCAUGGCGUUGAUCAACCGGAGUUGUACUGCGGCGGCUCGAUAUUCCUCUAAUCAAUUGUUUUUACCAUCAAAAUGCUUUGAAGUGUCACACGUUUACUCUAACAGACUGACAUCUGCUGCCAACACAUCAGCCACACAUACAGAGAAGAAAAAGGAGAUUAAAGAAGAUGGGCUCAACCUGCAGGACUUUAUAUCAGGAGAGCUGUCAGAAAAGAGCAAGUGGGAGGAAUACAGAGGUAGCUUAAAGAGAGAGAAGGGAGAACGACUAAGGCUUCCGCCGUGGCUAAAGACAGAAAUCCCAAUAGGAAAGAACUUCAACAAACUAAAAAGCACGCUCAGAAAUCUAAACCUACACACAGUCUGUGAGGAAGCCAGAUGUCCCAAUAUCGGUGAAUGCUGGGGAGGAGGAGAGCAUGCUACUGCUACAGCAACCAUCAUGUUAAUGGGGGACACAUGUACACGAGGCUGUAGGUUCUGUUCGGUUAAAACAGCAAGACGCCCUCCUCCCCUUGAUCCUGAUGAGCCAUAUAACACAGCCAAAGCCAUAGCAGCAUGGGGACUGGACUAUGUAGUACUCACGUCAGUGGACAGAGAUGAUAUUCCUGAUGGUGGGGCUGAGCAUUUUGCAAAGACCGUCUCCAACCUUAAAGAGAGGAAUCCUACUAUCUUGGUGGAGUGUUUGACUCCUGAUUUUCGUGGUGAUCUGGCAUCAGUGGAGAAAGUUGCUUUGUCUGGGCUUGAUGUUUAUGCUCAUAAUGUAGAGACCGUCAAAGAGUUGCAAAGGUUUGCACGUGACCCCCGUGCGAACUUCAACCAAUCGCUGAGCGUUUUACGUCAUGCCAAAAAGGUGAAACCCAGUUUGCUCACCAAAACUUCACUCAUGCUGGGGCUCGGAGAGACAGACUCACAGAUACAUGCUACAUUGAAUGAAUUGAGGGACUCUGGAGUGGACUGCUUAACAUUGGGGCAGUACAUGCAGCCAACCAAACGUCACCUCAAGGUGGAAGAGUACGUUACUCCUGACAAGUUUGCAUAUUGGGAGAAAGUUGGCAAGGAGUUGGGCUUCAUCUACACAGCCAGCGGUCCACUUGUGCGUUCCUCUUACAAAGCAGGCGAGUUUUUCUUGAAGAAUCUGCUGGAAAAGAGGAAGACUGCAGGGGCAAAAGCAACAGAGGAUUAAUUUUUAGUGUUGUAAACACUGUAAAGAACAAACAUUACAAAUAAAUUACCCAUUUUGGCAGUAA